AGCUCCAAGUACUACCUUCACUAGUGCUGUCACCAGUACCUCAGCUCCAAGUACUACCUUCACUAGUGCUGUCACCAGUACCAGUCCGACCACCUCUCCUUGUCCCAAUGUCACCGACAUCCGUGAAGCAGAUCUUAAUAGGUUUAUUGAGGAUGCUUGCUUGGUAUUGCUGAGUUUUGGGCUGUGGUGGGAAAGGGCCUGUUCUGAGGUUUUACCUUACGUCUGUUAUGAUGGUAAGUGUGCUUGCCUUAUGAUAUCCAUCCUGAUGAAUUACUAGAAGAUAGCUUAAAAUUAUGGGUUUGUUUGUAAAACUGGAUGCUUCCUUAAAUUAUUUGAUUAUUGUAAUUCCUGGUAUCCUUUCAUAUUUUCUAUUACCUUCUUACCACAUAAAAAUUAUUAUAAAAAAAAUAAAUACAAAAAAAGAUAUCCAUCCUCAUUUCUUCUUGCUCCUCAUUAUAAUGUCUUCUAAACUUUUUUUUUUUCACCGCUCUAUGACAGUUUCUCUCGUCUCUCUUUCUUAUCUUUCUGUAUGCAGAUCGUUUCUAUGGUGAGGUGAACGUGUCUGACAUCACAUACACCAGUGCUGGUGUGAAGUGGUUGGAGGCGCCUGGUGCAAUCUCAGGCUAUAGGGUGGAGGUGAAAAGUGAAAAGCAUAACUGGACUGAGACGCUAACUUCAAACCUGACCACACAGUUCCAAAACCUGACUGCCGGUACAAAGUACACAGUCUGUGUGUUCCCAAUCAAAUGUGGUCGGGAUCUUAAUCCCCAAACCACCUACUUCUACAGCCAGCCUGAUCACAUCCGGAACCUCACUCUUGUACAGAUCCAAGAGACCUCUGUCACCUUGUCUUGGAGGCCACCCCCAGGUGGAAUUGACAUCUACCGGCUGUGCGUGUACAACAGCUCCCUUCAAAUUUCAUGCGUAAAUAUCACCUCAACCAACCACACUAUCAAGGAUCUGGUAGCAGGUGGGGAACACACCGUUGAGGUCAGUGCCGAGGUGGCCGACAUGUCGAUUCCUGGUCGGCGCUUCAACAAAACUUUCUUCACUAAACCAAGUAGAGUGAAGGAGCUGAAAGUUACAAACCAUUCCACCACUGGCUUCACGGUGGUUUGGAAACGACCAGAUGGUGAUGCCUCUUCUUACCGCGUCCUUGUGAACAGUCUUGAUGGAUCUAUAGUUUAUAAUAAAAGCAUUCCCGACACUACAUAUGAUGUUGAAGGAGUCAGAUCUGGCUUUGAGUUCCUCAUUAGUGUGGUGGCACAAGUACAAAGCAAAUCCCUGGAGGGAAAACCUCAAACCAUUCACGGUUUCACAGAUCCUAACCCUGUCAGUGACCUGACAUUAAAUGCAACAGCUAACACCAUUAACGUUACUUGGAAAAAUCCAGAAGGGGGUCACCAGAACUUCAGUGUGACACUUGAUGAUCCUGACAAAGAGGUUGAAAAUAAAAUGACACCAAAUUCUUCCUGUGAUUUCACUAAGCUGAAAGCAGGAGCAAAUUACACAGUUAAGGUCUACGUGCUUGGAGUCGGCAGCUUUACAAGUAUAAGCAAACAAAAGUCCAUCUUUACCUUGCCAAAUAAACCAAAGAAUCUCAAAGUCAUUUCCACAAGUAAGACCUGGAUCUCCCUGAAAUGGGAUGUACCAGACGAUUCAGAGGGUGUGACGAUACUCUACAAUGUGUUCUACGAGGCUAAGUUUUGGGGGGAAUCAAAGAAACUGCGAGUCAAAGCCACCAAUGUCAAACUGGACAACUUAAGGCCUGGAACAACAUAUGACUUUACUGUUAAUGUAUUUGCUGGAAACCGGUCCAGUGAAGGUGUUUCAGUCUCAGGCAAGACAGUACCAAACAUGAGGAACAUCACACUUACGAUGCUGUGCUCCUCCAAUCACGCUCUGGGCUGUUGGAAAGACGCUGCCCAAACCAAACUUUUAGAGACGUUGAAGACUACGUUUGGAACGAAGCUGAACGGAGUUUUCUGGAAGCUUAAAUGGAAAAAACUAGGCUAAAGUGUGAUGGACUACAAUAUAAUUGAAUAUUCUCUCCACACACACACACACACACACACACACACACACACACACACACACACACAAACUACUGAUAUGAAAUUGAAUCAAUUUAAAAAAUGUAUGUACAUACAUGUAACAACACAUGCUUUUUCUUUGCUUGUCUCACUCUUUAUGCAUUACUAAUCCUGAUGGAUGGAAACAUAUCUGUUGGCAGCACUUAGGUAUUACAAUCAAACUAAUUACACUAAAGUAAUGAACCAAUACCACUUAUAUCUAGCUAAUCUUCCUCUGUGUUGGAGAAAAUGAGAAAUAUGUGACUGGAGGCUUUAAAUUACACCCAUGUUCGUCUUGUCUUUGAAUGCUGACUGUCAGGUUUUUUCAAUAUUGCCACAUAAACAUAUACACAUAUGUACAGCCAAUACUUUUCAUAUUAGGUUUUGAGUAUUGCACAUUCAUAAAUCUGAAAAAUAGUUGAGAUCAUGGGUUGUUUCUUUUCCCUAUGAUCAUGUUACCAAGUGACAUUACCACCCAUCUCCAUUUCUACGGUAGACGUGUUCUUCUUUGCAAGUUGAUGGGCUGUUGUUAUUUUCUGCUGUUCCAGGUUCUUGGAGGUAUUGAAUUUAUUGCUAUUUCAUAUUUUUCACAUUUGAUACACUAGGUUGGUGUACAUCUCCAGACGGUGAGUUAGGCAAGGGGGAGGAUAUUUAAGUAGGUCAUGCAAGAAAGCCCAACAACAUCACUGAGUUGAAGUACUUCUAUAUGGAGUGAUUGGCCAAAAUUCCUCCAGACUGUUGUGCCCUAGGUCCCAUUUGUUUGGAGAGGGGGUUGUAGUGGACACUGGUCAUUCUUGUGAGUUCUGGUAUCUUAUACUUAUCACUGGUUAGUACCUCUAGGGGGAGCUCCAAAAUCAGUGCCGUCACCAGCCAAAAGCCAUAACCACCAUACAAACCAUAACUGACACUUAUCAUUUCAGCUGGAAAAACUCCUGAAAUUAGUCAUUGGCCAUACACUGCCAUUGGCACUUGCUAUAGAAAACCAGAGUAGCCUAUUUUAAACACCUAUUUUACCUAUUUUAAAUAGUUACCCAUAAAUAGUUAGAGUUAUCCUUUUUUUUUUUACAUUUAAACUUUUAUAUUUUAUGUUACUGUGAGACAUGAAAUCUGUUUCCAGGAAUUGGUAAAUUCUCAAUGGAAUGCAAAUGAUAUCUGUGUGAAAAUAAAUCAAUUUAGGGUCUUCAGUCGGUGAUAGGUGAUAUUCUCUGUUUUCUUUUUAAAAAGUGCAAUGUAUAUUGUAUCUGUGCUUUUAAUCAUAUGUUGCAUUAACAUUGCAUCAGCUUUCCAAAGUCUUGUCACAGCAUUUAGUGUUCUAAAAAGUUUCAAUAUUCAACUUAGUUGCUCUAUUAAAAGUGGUUUCUGAGGUCCUGCUGAAACAAUCGCUGGUCGUCAUAAGUUGUUGGUGGCACUGACCAGUCAGUAACCACUGACCAGUGCUUAGUGCUGUGUGAAAAUAAAUCAAUUUAAAGUCUGAAGUUUGUGACGGG